AUGGACAUGCACUCCCUCCCCACCCAGCAGGGCCCCACCUGGCACCAGUCAGUCGUCUGGGCACUCGUUCCUGGCCCGGCCCCUCAUUCGGAGGAGCCUGUGCCUGGAGCCCGCAAUGCUCGUCCCUCUGUCUCCUCACAGAAACUGGAGCAAGAGCGUGAGGAUGUGGAGGGGGCUUCUGAGGACCCCCAUGUCGUGCCAGGAGAUGAGGAUGGGCCAGAGGCCGCCCUGCGGAGCGCUCUGAGGAUGAGGAAGGACCUUCUGCAGAGACUCUGGGAGCAGCGCCUCUUGGAAGAGGCUUCCCGGGUUCGUCAUCACAGGGAACUGCAUGGAGGAGCCCAUGGGUCUGUGCUGCCCCCAGAGGCGCCUCCUGUGGGCAUCCACCCCGCUGUCCCCCCAGCCCCACCUGCCCCAAACCCACCACGGAUCAUCCAACACCUGGCACCCCCACCUCCUGCCACCAUCAUCCAGCAGCUGCCUCAGCAGCCACUCAUUGCACAGAUCCCCCCUCCCCCGGCCUUCCCCACCCAGCGGUCAGGAAGCAUCAAGGAAGAGGUGGUGGAGAUGAUGCUGAUGCAGAACGCGCAGAUGCAUCAGGUCCUCAUGCAGGCCUUGAUGCUCAGAGCCCUGCCCCCGCCAGCACUCGCGCCCACCCCGCCGCACCUCACCCCACAGCUUCCUGCCCAGCACCGC